AGUUCUUUGUUUUAUAAACUUUCACGACUAAAUGUAAAAUUUGACCACGAAACAUUAUCGAGUACAAGUCAAAACAAAUGAGUCACUGUAUGUCAUUUGUGUGAGCGAAAAAAGCGGAUUAGCUCAGCCUAUUUUCGGUUUUCCUCAGCAAUCAGCUAUGAGUUCAAGAGAUCAGACAGAUGCCUCCCCGAUGGAGGGUGAUAAAACAGAUGCCAAAGGCGGUGACCAGACAGGUGCUUUGCCACCUUUGCCUUCCGCUUCGGGUGGUUUUGGAGAUAAGUUAGGAGAUAAGUUCCAGAAUAUCAUGACCUUUGAGGAAUUCACCGCUGAUGAAUACAAAAUGGACCAUCUAAAUAGAGGCCUUGCAAUAGUGAUAAACAAUGAAGUGUUUAGUAAAGAACUGGGUCUUGGAGCCAGAACUGGCACGUACCAGGAUGCUGUGGCCCUUAAUGAACGCUUUGAAGACAUGGGAUUUGAUGUACAAAUGCAUGAAAAUGUGCCUGUCAAGGAAAUGGUACAAAUAUUGACAAAAGCGGCCAAGGAUCACAAUUACAACAUGAACUCUGACUGCUUUGUGUGUGCCAUACUCACUCACGGCGAAGAGGGCUAUGUUUUUGGGGUGGACGCCAAAAUUGAAACCAAGCAGCUUUUAGAGCCUUUUAAGGGAAAUAACUGUGGUAGUCUGGUCGGGAAACCCAAGAUUUUCAUAAUUCAGGCAUGCCAAGGUAGCCAGUUUGAUGAGGGGGUCGCAGUGGACGUGGCCGAUGCCAAGGCUAAGCCAGCCAGGGAGGUACAGGUGUACAAGAUACCAUCAGAGGCUGACUUUCUCAUAGCAUACUCAGUAGUGCCAGGUUACUUCUCAUGGCGUAACAGCACCAAUGGAUCCUGGUUCAUCCAGGCCCUGUCUCGUGUGCUGGGUCUGCACUGGCAGGACAUGGACCUUCUCACCAUCAUGACCCGCGUCAACAAGAUUGUCGCGUACGAGUUUGAGUCCCGGACCACCAAGGAGUACAUGAACCAGAAGAAACAGAUACCAUGCAUCACCUCCAUGCUAACUAAGGAGGUCAGAUUCAAGCCCAAGAAGAAAUAGACCUGCCUGUUGUACAUACUGUGAUAUGUGUGCACUUGUGUGUGUCACUGUGUGUUUGUGCGUGUGUUUUUUAGCUCACCUGAGCACAUGGUGCUCCUUGUGAGCUUUUGUGGUCGCCUUUUGUCCUUUUAUGCUUCGUCUGUCUUGUAUCGUGCGUCGUCAACAUUUGCCUCACACUCUAGAGGCCACAUUUAUUUCCGAUCUUCAUGAAACUUGGUCAGAAGAUUUUUCAUAAUAAUAUCUUUGACAAGUUCAAAGUGGUUCGGGUUGUUUGGAAAAAACAAAGCUACCAGGAGUCGGGGCAUUUUUAUAUGCCUGUUCAAAACAGUACGUAUUAUAAGAUCACCCUUGGCGGGCGUCGUCCACAGCAGUGUCCGCUCUCUAAUUCAAAUAGUUUUCAUCCAAUCUUCACCAAACUUGGUCAGAAGUCGUAUCCAGACAAUAUCUAGGUCAAGUUUGAAUAUGGGUCAUGCCGGGUCAAAAACUAGGUCAUGGGGUCACUUAGUGCAUUUCAAGGAUUUAGCAUGGUGUCCGCUCUCUAAUUGAAGUAGUUUUCAGCCGAUCUUCACCAAAUUUGGUCAAAAGUUGUGUCUAAUUGAUAUCUAGGUCAAGUUCAUAUAGGGGUCAUGCCGGGUCAAAAACUAGGUCACGAGAUUACUUGGUACAUUUCAAGCAUUUAGCAUGAUGUCCGCUCUCUAAUUGAAGUAGUUUUCAUCCGAUCUUCACCAAAUUUAGUCUGAAGUUGUGUCUAGAUGAUAUCUAGGUCAAGUUCAUAUAUGGGUCAUGCCGGGUUAAAAAAAAUAGGUCACAGGGUCCCUUAGUGUGUUUAGAACAAUCACCAUUGUGUCUUACCUUAGUCCAUUAGUUGUGAUAUCAUGCUACACUUGUUUCGCCGGUUCCCGUUUGUGCUUUCCAUGAUUUUGAGGAAAUUGACAGUUGGCAUUUUAUUUACGGGUAUUUUGUUUUCAUACUUCAUAUAUGCAAUUUGUCGUACGAACUUUGCAAAUUUAUUGCCACUUUUUUUGCAUUUUGCCAUUCAAAUGGUUAUCAAGUUGUCCAAAACCUUCAAACUGGCGUACCAUGUGUCAGUUUGGCACUGUUAUUCAUGAAACUUGGUCAGAACAUUGGUUCUAAUGAUAUCUCAAAUGAGUUUAAAAAUGGUUCCAGUCUGUUGAAUAAUAUGGGGCAAUUUUCCUUCUAUGGCUAUAGUAAAACCUUGUUAACUCUCUGAAAGUCACAUGUAUAGUCCAAUUUUCAUGAAACUUGGCCAGAACAUUUGUUCUUUUGCUUGCUUGGAUAAGUUCAAAAAUGGUUCCAGUCAACAUGGUUGCAGGGGGGGGGGGCAUUUUUCCUAAUAUGGCUAUGGUAAACUCUCUAUUAGUCAUAUUUAUGGUAAAAUCUUUAUGAAACUUGGUGGGAACAUUUGUUCUAAUGAAAGCUCGGCUGAGUUUUAAAAUGGUUAAUCGUAAUGGAUGUCAACAAAUAUGGCCACCUUGUGGGUGGGCCAUUUUUCCUGAUAUGGCUGUAGUAUAACCUAUAAGCAAUCUAGAAGUAACAUGUUUUGUCCAAUCUUCAUGCAGCUUGGUCAGAACAUUUGUCCUUAUGAUAUCUUGGCUUAGUUAAAUCAAAGUACUGACAGUACUGGUGUGACGAUGCUUUUUAAGAGGAUUGAUAUAAAAACAUCUAUUUAACUUUAUCUACAUCACCACAAUUGUGUAUGUGGGUACAAACAUUUUGGGUAGGAAACAAUGGGUACAAAAAUUUUGGGUACAAAAAUUGAUACUUUAUCAAUGAUAAUCAGCGAGGUAUGCCGAUUAGAAAAAUCAAGCUAUCUCAAUCGGACUGGCUCGGUCUUUUACAUAGGUCACCAUUGUGAAGAAUUUUUUCAUGGUAUGAUAAAUAAGACGAGCUGCUUCGCAGCAUUGUCAAAAAUUGUUCCAGUCGAUUGAAAAACAUGGCCAGCCAAAGGGCUGGGCAUUUGUCCUUAUAUAGCUAUUGUAAAUCUUGUUAACUCUCUAGAAUUAACAUUUAUGGUUCACCAAUCUUUAUGAAACCUUGGUCAGAACAUUCAUUCUAAUGAUAGUUCGUCUGAGUUGGAAAAUGGUUAUGGUUUGUCUAAAAGUUUUGCUGCCAGGAGGUGGGGCAUUUUCCUUAUAUGGCUAUAGUAAAUCAGUGUUUACUCUCUAGAAGUCACGUUUAUAGUCCAAUUAUUAUGAAACUUGGUCAGAAAAUUAAUUUUUAUGAUAGCUCGGUUGAGUUUAAAAAUGGUUAUGGUUCGUCUAAAAAUAUGGCCGCUAUGGGCAGGGCAUUUUCCUUUAUAUUGCUAUAGUAAAACCUUGUUGACACUCUAAAAGUCACAUUUAAAGUCAAAUCUUCAUGAAACUUGGUCAGUACAUUAUGUUCUAAUGAUAUAUUGUCUGAAUUUUGAAAAUGCUUCCGGUCUGUUGAAAACCAUGGCUGCCAGGUGGCUAGGCAUUUUUCCUUUUAUGGCUUUAGUAAAACCUUAUUAACUUUCAAAUGGACAUUUUGGCUAAGUUUAAAAAUUGUUUUAGAAACAUCUCAAAAGUUUCUGAGAGCAAUUCAGUCUCAGGUGAGGUGAGUGACUGUGGGCCUCUGGCCCCCUUGCGUUGUUUUUUUUUUCAGGGAUAAAUGCAAUUUACUCAUUGUGGUUAUUAUAAUGUAUGUCAGGUUUUAUUUUGAUCUUAUUUAAAAAAUUUACCUAACAAAACAUAGAAGAUUUAUAACAUGUAGAAACUAUAGUGUUAAAAUAUAUAGGUCUUGAACAUUAACUUGACUAUUGUGCAAACUGAAUACCGUUUGCUCAGAUUGUUUGGAAUGUUUUUAACCCUUUACCACUAAAUAUGUAUUUUGACGCAUGUGUAGUCCCAUAGAAAGUUAAAUUUAAUUAAAUAUCUUUCUUACUUAAUUCAAGUUUUUAAGGCUUUAUUUCUGAACCUUUUUACUGAUGAGUAGCAAACAGCAUAAAACCUGAACAGACUGCGAGUAACUUGCAGGCUGUUCUGGUUUUAUGCUGGUUGUAAAAGCCAUUUUCACUUGACUUCUUAUCGUGGAAAGGGUUAAUUCAUGAAUCUGUGCAAGUGUGUCAGUAGUGUACCCAUACAAUAACCGUGUUUUCAGUGGGUUUCUGUUUCAUUGAUCUGUUGAGUAGACAGUUAUAUGUGCCUGAUUAUAUUUAAACAAAUAAUACACUGUAACUCCAAUAUAGUGCGGUCCGUUAUAACGCUGUGUCCAAUAUAACGCGGGGGGUCCUUGGAUCCCGUUUUUUCUCCAACCUUCCAUUUCUGAUUCAAAUCCAUGUUAUGCAACUACAUGUAUUUUCAUAAAUUCAAAGAAGCCAGCGAUCACAGCUUGAUUGCUUUAUCCGUCCGUUUAACUGAUUUUAAUCGAUUCGAGGUUAAACGACACUCGACAGCUAAUUGGUGUUAAUCUGUUGUGUAAUGUCAAUAAAGGUGUGAAAACUCGCGAGUCAGUGUUUAUUACAUGUAUUCCCUAUUAGAGCGGUUCGGUGCGCUAAUUUCAAUAAGGCAAGUGCAAGCGGUAUAAUUAUCAAAUUAAAGUUAUUUGAAACGAUUACCUGUUUAUGUUUUGUAUUUAUCGUGUAUUGUAUUUCAUUGUAUAAACUAUGGCUGUGUAAGUGUGUUAUCGUUUAUUAUAUGCUACACAUGCUUGAUAAAUACAAAUAUCUUUGUGUGUGUUUAAUGUUUCAGUACGUAUGCGAAAAAUAAAUUUAAAAAUCCUGACGAUUUAUUUACAUGCUAACGCAGUGUAAUAGUUAACAGAGAUGCACUUAAAUUUUUGCCCGUUAUCAGAAAAUCCACGGAAAGCACGUUUUUUACAUGCUGCAUAUGACGCAAUAAAACAUUUCUUUGUACAUGUAUCGUGUUGCAUUCAAUCUAAAUUUAAAUGCGCUCGUCCAAUGAAAGCUGUGUCCCAUAAUGCACUGUACCAAUUUUUCUGACAAAUGGCGUAGGCAUAUGAAUUUGUUUACGAAGUUCAUAAACAUAUUUCUUGUCAUAAAUGUUAAACAUUAUUUUUUCGUAAGUGAUGUAAUUAUAUUGGAUUAUCGGAUAAAUGUGCACAUUAGAAAAGCGGAAUGUAUACUGUUAUCGUUCGAUUCGGUUUAUAUGCAUGUAUUUGCGGAUGACAACACAGCAUGACGAUACACAGGACCUAUAUUAUAGGCUUUACUUUACCUGUUUUUAUAGCCCCUUAAAUAAAUAAGCUCAAAACUUAUAACGCUGUCCGUUUAUAACGCUGUUGCGUGGCUUGGACCCCGUCAUCCGCGUUAUAUUGGAGUUACAGUGUAUUCAUGCAUAAAGGUCUUGUUAAUGGUUGCACACUCCAGACUGAGACCUAUACACCAACUUGUAACUUACUUUAUACCUGUGCAGUUUUUGUAACAACAACAUUUUUUGUUUAGUAUUCUUCUCUAUAUAAUUAUUUCCCGUUAAAAACAUAUGAAUUACUAGUCAUGGUUCUCUUCUUGUAAGAUUUUGUUCAUUUAUUCAAGGAAUGUAAGUAAAGAUGAGUAAUUUAUGUGACAAUACUUGUUCAAUGUCUGAAUUGAUGAUAAAGUCAACUGUUUUGAUUUUGUUAAUGAUUGUUUCUGUUCAUCUUAUGUAUUUGUGAUCAAAGAGCAAUUUUCUGUUAAGUUCAGCUCUGAUUACUAUGGUAUAUAUCAACACUUAGUGCUUUUAUCUGUUGUUAAACAUGUUUUUUAUUUGAAAUCAACACUGUAGCUGUUGGCAUAAAGUAUUCCUUUGUGAUGAGUGUUAAUUUCUUUGCUAAUAUUUUGUGUACUUUAUUCUGUUGAUUGUGUUAUUAUCUCAAUUUAAAUGCUCAUUUAAAUGCAUUUGCAUGUACAAAAAUGCCUUCUAUUGCCUUUUAUUACAUUGUAUACAGAAUUGAGAGAGUUGUUAAACUGCAGCGUAUGUAUAGAUAAUUUUUGUGCACACAAAUUUAAAUUGAUAGAAUAAUAUUCAAAAACGAUUACAUGUUGUAUUUUAUUAUUAACUUGACUUGUGACUCUGUACAUAGCUAACACUCUUUAUGUGAAAUACCAUCUCCUUUUUCACAAUCUUAGGAAAUUAAACAAAUCAUAUCCUGGGAUUUUGCUUUUAAAAAGAUGCUGUUUCACUGAAUGUCAUAACCAUCUGUUUGUACUAGAGUAUUUUUGUUAUAAUAUGUAAUCUGCAUGUCCUAUUUGUUGUGUGAAAUCCUGCAUAUUGAUCAUAUCAUUCUUCAAUGAAGUGAAUAAACAAAAAUGUAAACCA